AUGAAUCUCAAAGUCUUGCAUGUAAACACACAAUGGCAGGACACCAACGGGGUGCUGCAGCAUUCGAGUCAAUGGGAACAGCGAGUUCAAAGAGCACAGGGACUGAAAGCAACGUCUGCGGUGGCACCUUGGAUUACAAAACCUCUGAUUCAGAGUCCUGUACACAUGAGUUACCGUUCUCGAGCCUCCAAGGUGCAACAGCAUGUCCACUGUGACUCCUGCUACACCCGGCGCUGCAGGACUCGGGUGGAGCCCUCUGUGUGCUGUACGGUCAUCCCCUGCCGCCUGCUCUGUGGAGCUCUCUUUCACCAUUGCAAAGAGGAGGAUCACCUGCUGCUCUGCCCUAACGUGAGAGUGCGCUGCCUCAACGCUGAGUAUGGGUGCCCGUUCCAAAUGCCUCGCUCCUCGCAGGCAGCUCACCUCCAGGUGUGUCCAGCCAGUGUGGUGUGUUGCUCCAUGGAUUGGCUCCGCUGGCCCAUUGAUGAAACAAACCCACACAGUGCCAUGGCCCUGCAGGAGAAUGUGCUGAAGAAAAAUGAGGGGCAAGGGGAACCUCUGGAUCUCGCUAUGGCCCUGGUGGAUCAGUCAGAACUUUAUGAACGCCUGAAGGUGAAACCAAUCUAUCCAGAGCUGAUGGAGGAGGAGGAAGAGGAGGAAAUAAAGGAAGAGAAGAAAGAGGACACAGCAGUAGGAGGAUCUGACAGUAGUGUUGAAGACAAUGAUGUCAAUGAAGAUAACAGCGUGUGUGAGAAUAAUGCUGUUGAAGAGACUGUACCGAGUGCAGUGCAUAGCUCAGGCAUUAACAUAGAGAAAUACAACCUGUUUGAGAUGAUGUUCAGCAUGGAGAGAGGCGGCUGUGCUGUCGCUCAGGAAAACCUGAACAAGCCCAAAGAAACCCCAAAGCCUACUGAGAAGGUGAAGGACAAAGACAGAGAGAAAAAAGAUGAUGUAGCUGUAGACACAAGUAAGACAGGUCAUGCCCCGUGGCAGGAGGGGGUGCUGGAGCGUCUGGGGCAGGAGCUCACCCCGCAGGAGUACAACAUGUAUGUGGUGCACCAUGGGCGCAUGCUGCUCACCUUUGGACAAAUCAAGGCCUGUACGCCAAGGGAGGACGAUUUUGUCUACGGCAGCCUGGAGCCUAUCCCGGUCCAGACUCUGCGCUCUUUCAAGGUCCCUGACAGCUAUCACUACAGCUCACGGCGUAUUCAUCAGUACGACUCGACUAAGCCUCCCAGCGAGGCUCGCGGUGUGGACACAUCUGACCUCGAAGUCAACGAAGAGGCCUGGUACAGCGAUGAAAUAGAGGCCACCCUGCUGGGCUAUGCUGAGCGGGAGGUCAGGGGUCACAAGGUCAGUGAGUCAAAGGCUGCCGAUGGGAUGUAUAACGACGCGGGAACACAGACUUACACGUUUCGCACAACUCCAUUUAAAGCGAAGACAACUCUGGCAGAGCUGGCCGUGGAUAAGCCGCUGAAGCUGCGUCUUCUGCUGGAGUCGGAGAGAGUGAGUGGCAGACAUCACAGAGGCAACAGCGCCUUCACCUUCCUCUGCUGUCACUCCUUCCUCCGCAGAGAGUUCGCCACACAUUUCAGGAACGUCCACACUGACAUCCAGACAAGUCUGAGUGGAUGGUUUGAGGAGAGAUGCCCUCUAUCAUACCUCGGAUGCACCUACAGCCAGACGAGGUUUCAGCCCUCCACACAUAAAGCCACCGUCUCCUACAAUAAGCAGCUGAAGUGUUUCAACUUGCGUCCAACACUUGAAGCCUCAUUAGGAGACACCUCCCAGUCAUCCAGGCGCUCAGUGGGCUCCUCCACCUCUCUGAGGAAGAGAGGAAGUCGGGCAAGAGGUGAGGAGGACCCUCUGAGCUCACUGCCCUACAACGUGCUGUGCCACAUGGCCAGUUUCCUGGACAGUCUGUCCCUGUCCCAGCUGGCUCUGGUGUCCCAUCUUAUGAGGCAGGUGUGCUCCACUCAGCUGCAGGAAAGAGGGAUGGUCACUCUCCGCUGGGAGAAGAAGACCAGCUCGCAUGGACGAGCCCAAUGGAAGGCCACGCCUGUCUGGGAGUUCAGUCACCUCUUCUCCUCAGUGGAUUCAUGGCAUAUGGCAGACGUCCCUCCUAUAUCUGCUCAUCUAAAAGUCUGUCCUUACUAUGAGACAUCUCUGCGCAAUGAGCGUGUUCCCCUCCCCAGCAUGAGUGGUAAAAAGGAGUGUAGCCAGGAAAGGAUGAGCCUCGUCAACCAUUUUGCAAAAAAGAGAUGUCAACAAUGAAAAAACAAACAAAACUUUUGAUUCUACCUGCUGUAUCAGAAUUUGUUUGUGCAUUAUUGACACUGAUGGCCAAAUUACAUUGCGCAAGUGUAGGGAUGACGUCAUAUAACCAGUAGCCUAUGUCACAAAGCAAAUAAAAUCAACCUGAGCUUGCAGAGUUCUUCCUCUUCUUCAUGAUCUACCUAAUAUUCAAUAUUAUGGAAUUAAUGGUUUAUGUGUAUAGUUAUGAUUUUUUUUUCUGCAGCAUUUUAUCAUAUUAAAAAUGUUUAUUAUGAUAGGCUGUAUGAUUGUGAUUUUUUAAAAAGAUAUGACAGAAUUAGACCUACAGUGAUUAAUCAGUUAAUCAGUUAGUGGAUAACAAUGGAUAACUAUUUUAAACAAUAAUGGCUUUAGAAUUUUUAAGCAAAAAUGCCAAACAUCUGCUUCUUACAGCUUCUCACAUGUAAAGUUUUGAUGCUUCUCUUCAUCAUACAUGGUUGUAAACUGAAUAUCUUUGGACUUUGGACUGCUGAUCAAUAAAACAAGACAUUU